AUGCCUGACCAACCCGAUACGGCUGAGAUCAAGAAAUCUGGUAAGUCGAAAUUAAAGAAGACAGAAAGGGAAAGGAAAAGUCUGCCCUCAAAAGAAACGGUUGCCCAGGAGAAACAGGCUGGUGAGUCAUGA